CCCCCCCCUCUCUCAGAGCAGUCAAGCGAAUAAAGGAUUGCUUCUGUGGAAGUGAAGCUCCAUCCACUCUUGAGUAUGAACUUAGCAAGUCAGACUUAUUUGCUGGUGGUCUUUCUCACCUCCACGGUCUUCAUAUGCCAGGCCCAGGAGAGAGACUACACAGUAAAGGAGGAGCAGCCAGAGAAUGUACGCAUUGGGAACUUGCGAAGAGAUCUCGACCUCAAUCUAGACCCCAACAUCCGGCUGUCCUCACCCCUGCAAUUCAAGCCUGUGUACAAGACAGGUGACGUGCCUUUGGUGAGGGUGGAGGCCAACACAGGGGAGAUCUUUACUACCAAUCACCGAAUCGACAGAGAGAAGCUAUGCUCGGGGGUUUUUGCAGAAAAACGCUGCUAUUAUGAAAUUGAGGUGGCUGUGUUGCCUGAUGAGAUCUUCCGACUGGUCAAGAUCCGUUUCCUGAUUGAGGACGUCAACGACAACGCGCCCCUUUUCCAAUCCACGGUCAUAAAUAUCUCCAUCCCAGAGAACACAGCCAUCAACACCCGAUACCCAGUGCCCUCUGCGUUUGACCCUGAUGUCGGGAUCAAUGGGAUCCAACAUUAUGAGUUGGUCAAGAGUGUCGGAGAAUUUGGCUUAGACAUCAUUGAGACACCUGAGGGUGACAAGUGGCCACAGUUGAUCGUUCAGCAGAACCUAGACCGUGAGCAGAAGGACACCUUUGUCAUGAAGAUAAAGGUAGAAGAUGGUGGUAAACCUCCCAAGUCCAGCACUGCUAUUCUCCAAGUCACCAUUUCUGACGUCAAUGACAAUCGUCCUGUCUUCAAGGAUAGCGAAAUGGAGGUCAUGGUACCAGAAAAUGCCCCCACAGGAACUUCAGUUGUUCAGCUUCAUGCAACGGAUGCAGAUCAAGGGUCCAAUGCCCAAAUACACUUCACCUUUAGUAAUCAGAUCUCUGCCUCUACCAAACGGCACUUUGGCAUUGAUAGCACGACUGGAUUGAUCUCCGUGAAGCAAUCACUGGACAGGGAGUUGACUCCUGUUCACAAACUUAUUGUUCUGGCCAGUGAUGGCAGCUCAACACCCUCAAGGGCCACAGUGACUAUCAAUGUUACAGAUGUUAAUGACAAUGUUCCCUCCAUUGACACACGUUACAUCAUCAAUUUGGUGAAUGGGACUGUGCUGCUGUCUGAGAAUGCCCCCCUCAACACCAAAAUAGCUCUCAUCACUGUUACAGACAGAGAUGCAGAUCUCUAUGGAAAAGUCACUUGCUAUACUGACCAUGAUGUUCCAUUUCGUCUGAAACCUGUCUUUAAUGAUCAGUUUUUGCUUGAGACAGCUGCUCCCCUGGAUUAUGAGACAACUCGAGAAUAUGCAAUUAGGAUAGUGGCCUCGGAUAGGGGGACACCUCCUUUGAACACCUCAGCUAUGGUUUUAAUUAAAAUCAAAGAUGAAAACGACAAUGUGCCCCUCUUCCCCCAGCCAGAAAUUCAACUUUCCAUACCAGAGAAUAAUGACCCGUCCUCACAGUUAAUAAAAAUCAGUGCCACUGAUGCAGACAGUGGACAUAAUGCUGAGAUUAUUUAUACCCUUGGCCCCGAUGCACCCGAUGGGUUUAAUAUAGACAGACAGUCGGGAAUACUUUCUGUUGGCAAACGACUGGACAGAGAGAAGCAGGAGAGGUAUUCAUUCACUGUCAUAGGCCGGGACAAUGGUUCAUCAUCGCUGCAAAGCAAUGUCACUGUCAGGCUAAUCGUUCAGGACCUUAAUGACAACAGUCCAGCUUUCACACACCCUGAAUACAACUUCUAUGUUCCGGAAAACCUUCCUCUAUUUGGAACUGUGGGCUUAAUUACCGUGACAGAUGCCGAUGCAGGAGAUAACGCUGUUGUGACUCUGUCUAUUUUGAACGGGAAAGAUCAUUUUAUAAUUGACCCUCAAACAGGCGUAAUCAAGCCCAAUAUCACCUUUGAUCGGGAACAGCAGAGCUCUUAUACAUUUAUGGUCAAGGCAGUGGAUGGAGGACAACCUCCAAGCUCUUCCUACGCGAAGGUCACCAUAAAUGUGGUUGAUAUAAAUGACAAUCGCCCUGUGUUUGUUGUUCCUGCUUCCAAUUACUCAUAUGACCUAGUGCGGACCACCACCACCCCUGGUGAUGUUGUUACAAGAGUGUUUGCCAUUGACAAUGACACAGGUAUGAAUGCUGAGCUCCAGUAUAGCAUUACCAGCAGCAUCAUCAUCACAUCUCGCGUCUCCCCUCGCGGCCUAUUCUCCAUCGACAAAACAACGGGCAACAUAACACUGCAGGAGAAAAUUGUGGCAGCGGAUCAAGGGCUGCAUAGGCUGGUUGUCAAAGUCAAAGAUCUCGGGCAGCCCGAAUCCUUACAAGCUAUUGCACUCAUUCAUUUAUUUGUCAAUGAAACUGUUUCAAAUGCCACUUUUAUCCAAGAACAGCUACGGAAAAGCAUGGAGACGCCACUGGACCGAAACAUUGGGGACAGUGAGGUAACAACACAGGCUAACGGAUAUGUGAUUGUUGUAAUAGCUAUCAUAGCUGGGACCAUGACAGUCAUCUUGGUGAUAUUUGUGACGGCCUUGGUGCGCUGCCGACAAACACCCAGACACAAAGUGGUACAGAAGGGGAAGCAGAGUGGUGAGUGGGUGUCACCUAAUCAAGAGAACCGUCAAAUCAAAAAGAAGAAGAAGAGAAAGAAGCGAUCCCCUAAAAGCCUCCUCCUGAACUUUGUGACCAUAGAUGAAUCUAAGCCUGAUGACCCUACUCAUGAGCAUGUUAAUGGUACGCUGGAUCUCCCCGUGGAGCUAGAGGAACAAACAAUGGGGAAGUACAACUGGGCAACCACACCCACCACCUUCAAACCUGACAGCCCGGACUUAGCCAAGCAUUACAAAUCUGCAUCCCCUCAGCCUACAUUUCAAAUCAAACCAGAGACUCCGGUGGCCCCAAAGAAGCAUCAUGUGAUCCAGGAGCUUCCUUUGGACAACACAUUUGUGGUGGGCUGUGACACUCUCUCCAAGUGCUCAUCGACAAGCUCCGACCCAUACAGUGUCUCUGAGUGCGGCUGUCAGGGGGGAUUCAAGACUCCAGGGCAAAUCACCACCCGACAGAAUGGGAUCCAGACGCCAGAAAAGUCUUUUAACUCACCACCUCCCACUUGUCCCCAUAAGGAGGCCUGUCAACUUGGGAAGAUAACAUCUGUGAAUACUCAGCGCCGAGUGACUUUCCAUCUACCAGAUGGUUCCCAGGAAAGCUGCAGUGACAGUGGCCUGGGUGAUCCAGAACCAAGUAGCACAGCCAGUACCUCCCAGGCUCUUCCGCUGACCUUCCCCCAUGAAGAGUACUACGAGCAAACAUCACCUAACAGUCGCACGGAGGGAGAUGGAAACUCAGAUCCCGAAUCAACCAUUGAGGUGAACCUCCAGAAAGCUUUAGCUGAGGCAUCUGAGACCUGUACCCAAGAGUGUCUGAUACUAGGCCACUCCGACACCUGCUGGAUGCCACCAACCCUUACCCAAUUUCAGAGUACGGCCAGCGGAAGCCCCGCCUCCACCCCUACCUCUGCUGCAAUUUCCGGCACACUCCCCUCCUUUGGAUUCCAGCAGAGCUGUGCCCGUGGAGUCAAGGUUAACAUGGGCAGCCUGGGUACUAUGGAUGGCCGGCACACGCUGGGAAGGUCUGUACCUAAAAAAGAUGAGCUGGACAUAGGGCUUCCCCGGCUGCAGUUCUACAACACUUUGGAUAGACACUGCAGUAAGAAAGAGGACAGCGUCAAAGUCAUCCCCCUGGCGAGCUUCUCAUCUCCUGGAAAGCAGACAGCGACGGGUGGGGGUAGCAGCGCCUUCCUACAUGAGCACCAGCUGUAAGACCAUCCUG